AUGGAGAGCUACUCCCUCCUCUACAGUUCCUCCCACCGAACGGGGCUCCUCGCCGGCCUCCAGCGCCUGCGCUCCGAGCGGCGGAUGUGCGAUGUCGUCCUGGAGACGGGGGGCGCGUCGUUCCCGUGUCACCGGGCCUUGUUGGCCAGCUCCAGCGACUAUUUCUGGGCUCUGUUCGGGGACAACAUGCUGGAGAGAUUUGCACCCUCCGUUAGCCUCCCAGCGCUAACCCCCGGCGGUCUAGAGGCCGUCCUGGACUUCCUGUACUCCGGCUGGCUCAGCCUAUCACCGUCCACGCUUCCCGUCGUCUUGGAGGCCGCCAGGUACCUGCAGGUGGAGGCGGCCGUGUCCAUAUGCGAGCGCUUCAUUGCCGACGGGCUGUGCGCCGGCAACUGCUGCCGCUACGCCAACCUGGCCGAACGCCACGGCCUCCCGAAUUCGCUCGAAGCUGCCAAUCACACCAUCGCCACGGAAAUGAGGGCGCUCUUGCGAGAAAACAGGGAGGGACUUCUCGAGCUGAACAUCCAAUCACUGAUGGCGGUGCUGGACGCCGAUGAGAUACCUGGCGUCAAGGAGGUGGAGCUAAUAAAACUGGCUCUGGAUUGGCUGGGUGCAAACGCCCCCCUGCCGCUGCUGAGAUCGAAUCUUCUGCUAAGCCGCCUGCGCUUCGGAUUGGUCGCCACCUCUGACCUCGCCGCUCUAAGCCACGCCCACAGAGCGAUGGCCACCCCGCUCGUGAGAAGCCAGCUGACUCGAGCGCUGGAGUACCACGCGCUGGGCUCCGCUCAGCCAAUCAGACAGAGCCGGCAGACCUCACUCAGAGCUCUGCCCAAUCGCGUGCUCCUCGUGGGAGGCGGCGCCGCGGCAGAUUGUCCCGAGCAGCAGAUGCUGACCUUCGACCUGAGAACCAGGACGUUUUCAUCGCUGGCUUCCGGUGUUCCGCGGCGGCUGCGAAGGCACUGCGUUUGCUCGGUGGGAGGCUUCCUCUUCGUGAUCGGAGGAGAGGAGGUGAGGGAGGGAGACGAGGAUGGAGGCAAGUCUGUCACCGUGACAACGACCAACCAGGUGUGGCGGUAUGAUCCUCGUUUUGAAUGCUGGGAGGAGGCGGGGUCCAUGCAGGAGAGGAGGGUCCAGUUUGCCUGCUGCGUGGUGGAGGAUGUGAUUUACGCCAUCGGGGGGCGACACACGAACCCCGAGACCAACACGCGCACCUCUGUGGCUUCGGUUGAGUUUUACGACAUGGCCUCAGGGACGUGGAGGAGGGGAGCCACAAUGCCCCGCCCCGUUUACGGCCACGCUUCGGCUGUGCUGGGUAAUGGAAUCUAUGUGUCCGGUGGUCUCCAUGGCAACCUCCUGAUUGCCAACCGAGUUGAUAACCAAGGUGGCAACCAGGGUGUUAACCAAGGUGGGAACCAGGGUGUUAACCAAGGCAGCCGCGAGGUGCUGUUCUGGGAUCUGAAAGGCAAAGUCUGGGAGAAGAGAGCCUCCAUGUCCAUCGGUAGAUUUGGUCAUCGUAUGGCGACCGCCCACGGCCACAUCUACGCCUUGUUGGGGAUGUACGAGCCCUUCUGUGACAUCGAGCGCUACGAUUCGCGGGUGAACCACUGGACCCGCCUCCGGCCUCUUCUCAGCGGCUCAUUCAGCUACGGGCUGGCGUCGACACCGUCUGGGAGCCUGCUGCUGUUUGGAGGGAAGAAGUGGAACGACGGGCAGGAGGUGACGGUAAAGAGUGUGCUGCAAUACGAUACGGCGAGAGACCGCUGGCGAGAGAUCUGCCAGCUCCCCAGACCUCUAAGCGGGACAGAGUGCACACUGCUACCCCUGCCAGACUAA